UUGUCUUUGAUGGUGGUUUGUGUGCUGCUGCUGAGAGGAGUUGAUCACUAUGGAUGGCCUUUAUUUUUUUUUCUUACUUUUUUUGUUUUCUUUUUCAGACUGUGUGCAUCUUUGCGAUAUUUCGUUGAUGUAAAGGCCGUGUGUAAUUAGUAUCUUCAUGAUAUUAAUAUAUAUUUUUUGCCGAAAAAUGUAUGAUGUUAUUUUCGUGAUAUUAAUAUAUUUUCUUUGUCGAAAAAUGUAUGAUGUUUUGCGUUGCGUGCAUGUAACGCCCGUACCAGCCAACUCCUCUACUUUUCAAACCAUUUUACUCGAUAAACACUGGGGAAUCUAUGUACACCAUUAUGAGCUUGGGAGACCUUAAGCAUGUGGACAUCUCAAGCCGUACUUGUCCGUUCUACGUCCAUGCUUAGUGUACGACAACACAUCAUCAUCACGGAAGAAUAUGAGCACACGCCUGCUUGCUGUAUUAAGGCGAUCGCCGACAGCAUGUACAUCAUUGAGAUUAGGAUCUUGGUGACACCACAUGCCGAAGACUAGUCUUAUUUAAGCAGCAGGAGCGCCCCUGUUUCUAGUACCUAUCCAUCGACAUUACUAUUACUUACCACCGGCAAGUACAUCUGUACUUGACUCUGCUCAAGCAAACACACAGAACAUAAAACCAAUGCAAGGCCCUAACACAAGCACCAAGUCCUUCAAGCAAGCAUUCCUCAAGAACCUCCUCUUGGGCCUCCAGCUCCAUGCACGUACGAGCACAUCCUUCGGCAGCAGCGCCAUGAACCUCCACGAGAGGAAGCUCGCCGUCAAGUUCUAUGCCAACGUCGCCAUGGCGGCCGCGCGCUGUGCCACCCGCACCGACGCAAGGUGGCCCAGUGCCAUCUUAGCCUCCGAAGCGGGCGCCUCACCAUCAUCCGGCGCGUGCAAGAUGCAGAGGUGCAGGACAAUCGUGAGCAGGUGCUGCCGGCGGAAGAGGAGCUGGAUUAGAUCAGGUCGUGCUGGUGCUGGCGCUGUUGCGAGGAGGCUGUUGAGGACGAGGACUAUGGCGCUGAGGGACGUGAUACCGGGAGGCCGGGACGCCGCCGUUGACCAGGCCACCCUGCUACGCGAGGCCAUGGACUACGCGGUGCACCUGCGCGCUCAGGUCGACGUGCUCCGCCACUUAUCGGAAGCCGUGCAAAGAUCCAGCUCCAUCUCUCGGCAGGGUCAGCAGUGAUGCUUUGGUCUCGGUGCGCACUUACAAAGGGGCAUGAUUAAGUAUGUGGUAGUGUUGUGCCAGUGCCUCUGCAGUAAGAAAAACAUUCUCCAAGAUGAUCAGGGAGGAAACAGGCACAACUUUGCCCUGAGCAGAGCGGUGAAGAAAUAUAUAGAUCAGGAUUUGCCUUGUUCUUCUAGGCGGUCAGAUUG